CUCUUCCACAAACACAAAUUGUUUGUAAUUAGGGUUUUUGAUUCAUCGAGGAACAGAGAACGAACGACAUCAACAUCAACAUCAACAUGGAAGCCAUAACAGAGGGAGUGAACAACAUCAACAUCAGCACCAACAACAACGAUUCGUUCAAGAAGAAUCGGAUUCAAGUCUCCAACACCAAGAAGCCUCUCUUCUUCUACGUUAAUCUCGCCAAGAGAUAUAUGCAACAGCAUAAUGAGGUCGAGCUCUCCGCACUUGGAAUGGCUAUUGCCACGGUGGUAACUGUUGCUGAAAUUUUGAAGAAUAACGGGCUUGCUGUUGAAAAGAAAAUUUUGACAUCAACAGUUGACAUCAAGGAUGAUUCUAGAGGUAGACCUGUCCAAAAGGCCAAGAUUGAAAUAGUACUUGGGAAAACAGCACACUUCGAUGAGCUCAUGGCUGCUGCAGCUGCUGAAGAUGCUGAAAAUGGUGAUCUUGAAGAGCAGCAGGGUGCAUGAAGUUGGUCAAAAUUAAACCUGAAUCGGUUGAAGAUAUGUACUUUUAAGUGAUUUGCAAUUUUGUUGUCAUUAGAGGACAUUUCAUUAUUUGUAGUGUAACCUGCUCUAUUGAACACCAAAAUUCGUUUGUUUCUUUUCCCCAUAUAAAAUAGGCAUUUAUUGUUUUGAUCA